AUGGGAAAGUGUAUGAAGGGUUGUUUCAAGGAGGAGCUGGUUUUUGAUUAUCUCAAAUUGCAAUACGGUAAUCACACGUUGGGUAGCGAUAAUCUUUAUAGGGUUUUUGAUUAUCUCAAAUUGCAAUACGGUAAUCACACGUUGGGUAGCGAUAAUCUUUAUAGGGUUUUUGAUUAUCUCAAAUUGCAAUACGGUAAUCACACGUUGGGUAACGAUAAUCUUUAUAGGGUUUUUGAUGAUCUCAAAUUGCAAUACGGUAAUCACACGUUGGGUAGCGAUAAUCUUUAUAGGGUUUUUGAUUAUCUCAAAUUGCAAUACGGUAAUCACACGUUGGGUAGCGAUAAUCUUUAUAGGGUUUUUGAUUAUCUCAAAUUGCAAUACGGUAAUCACACGUUGGGUAGCGAUAAUCUUUAUAGGGUUUUUGAUUAUCUCAAAUUGCAAUACGGUAAUCACACGUUGGGUAGCGAUAAUCUUUAUAGGGUUUUUGAUUAUCUCAAAUUGCAAUACGGUAAUCACACGUUGGGUGUUCUUUCAGAGAUAAUCGUUCGUGCAUUUCAAGACUCUCUUGGUGCUCGGCCACCUACACUCGAAUCACGUUUGCAACACGAUAUGGAGAACACUUGUGCUAUAUGUUUAGAUACGUGUGUCGAAGAUGCCUUUCUAUCUGCAUGUUACCAAGUGGCAGACAUGCUCAACCUCUACGCCACACACAUGUGUUUGCCCUCUAUGCAAGGUUGUUUGCCUUCUAGACCCAUCUCAGCACUCAGCAUCAUCUUCUUUCUUAUAGAAAUCAUCUUCAUGCAGAGAGAGAGCAGAGCUGUCAUUUAUCACUAUGAUGGGUUAACUGAAACGUACGACAAAUAUUUUUUCGACCCAACCAUGAAAAGUUUUCUCCUUUCUGAUGAACAUAGAAUGAGGCUGCAACAUUACAAGAAGAAGUCCAUAUCAAGCUAUCUGGUGGACUCCAUUGCCCGCUUUUGGCAGAGGGGUUUCUUUAUCCAGAGAAACAAAUGGCUUGAAACAUGGCUCAGAAGAGACCUUCAAGCGCUACUCAGAGUUGAAAAUUGUGACGUAAUUGUUCACCAAAUAGCUGGGACAAUUGAUACAUUUUGCAAAAGGCACACAAAAACAGAAGCUACAACCGAUGAGUUAAGCAAAGAGUUUAAAGAAAAAAUCAUGGAGGUUGUUAGCACUUAUAUGGAAGCUGGAGAGAGGGAGAGGUUUGCUGACGAGACUGAAUGCUUCCUUGCAUUAAGACUCAACGUGGAAGCUUUUGACACUGCCUAUCAAAGAUAUCAAAGUCAACAAGAUCAUGGAGAUGAUGAUGAUGACAGUGAGAUCCGACAGUGGACUCUUAGAGAAAUGAAAUCUCUUAAACUAAAUAAUAGAGUUGUCAUGAAAAAGUGCAUCGAAUCAGCUAGAAGCGUGAAGUCGAGUGCUCAACUCGUGGACAUACUUGUCAGUCAACUAGGUUUUGCCUCGAUUAAAGAGACAAAUGUUUUUGCAAAAAGGCUAUUCAAUAAGGUUUCCAAAUGCCAUGAAGAUCAAACUGAUCCAAGGGAAUGCAAAGCGAAGGUGAAUAACUCUCAGAAUACUGAGCUUUUACGCUCCCUGGGAGCCAUUGACAGCGAAGGGAACCUAACAAGCUUAGGACAGAAAAUGUCAGCUCUUGAAGUGGAGCCAAAGAUGGGAAAAAUGCUAAUGUCUUCAGAAAGAUUAGGAUGUUCAGAAGAGAUCAUCACUAUUUCUGCAAUGAUCCUUGCCAAGGUGGAUGCCCACAAAGAAGAAAUAGCUCGUUCCGACCACAUUUCCAUGCUGGUUGCUUAUGAGUCUUGGCAAGAAAAUAAUUUCUCAAAAAAAUGGUGCAUUGAAAAUGGCGUAAAGUUUUCGAGAAUGGAGAAUGCAAAAAGCAUUCGCCAAAAGCUGGAAAGGGAUUUUGAGAAUCUUCGUAUUAAAAUUUACUCCAGACGAAAUGAUGUUGCAUCCAUUAAAAAAUGCAUUACGGAAGGAUAUUUUGAUUGCUGCUACAAAUUUCAAAGCGACGGGUCUUACAAAAGCAUUAAGGCUCCUUUUACAUCAAAAACAAUACACCCGAGCUCAACCGUAUACGAUCAUAUUCCCAUGUAUGUGGUGCACUCGGACACGUGCACACGGUGGAUGCGAGAGGUCACGGAGGUUCCUCCUAGCUUGCUGAGUCGGAUGGCUCCGCUUUACGAUCUUCAGAUCAACAUGCCUAGAUCGAUUGGCCGAUCUCCCAUCUAGCAAAAUGCUUUUAUUUUGUUGAUAGCUUUUUUGUACAAAUGCCAUGAGUUGACUUUGUUUUUUCAUUUCGAUUGAUGUAAGCAUUUCACAGUUUUAAACAAAUAAAAAAAAAGAAUAUGAUUAACAAAAUUUGAGUAACUUUUUAAUCAUAA